AAAUCAGUUAAUCAACCAGAAAAUCAAGAGUAACGAGCUUGAAAUUCACUUAAUUGUCAAUAUGGAUUCCAAUUGAUUUGAAAGCGAAAGCUAAACAUACAAUUUCCCCUUCUAAUCAGAAUCAUCAACAUUAUCGUUCCUGGUGUAUUUUAUCAACAUCAUCCGAGGAUAAAAACUAAUCAUCAUCAUAGUGUUAUCAUCAUUUGCUAGUUUCUCCUCCUCAUCAUCAACAAGCUCCAUCCCAAUAAUCAGUAAAUUGGAAGAAAUUAAAAAAUAAUUACAAGGUAACGUUGUUAGUUAAUCACCUUUACCGAUCAGGUCACAGGCCUUUGACAAUUAUCCCUCAAAGAUAUUUACAAAGAAAUAGAGAGAGAGAGAAAUUAAGUGAAGAUGAUUAAGAUGAUGAUAAGAUUAAGAUUAUGAUGAUGAUGAGAAGAGGACAAGGAACCUGCCAUAGGAACAAAUAAGAAUUAGCAAAAAAGUAAAAGUCAAGUUUUUCCUUCAGAUUAUCACCAAUCAGUUUCACUUUACUUUGUGUCACCAUCAUCAUCAUCAGCAAUCAACAACAACCACAACAAAUCUCACCUGUAAUAUCAACAAUCAAGUAUAUAACAGUUUAAUCGUUAACCAUGUUAACAUUAACAACUUUGUUUACCUUGUGUUUAAUCAAUGGUUUAAUUAUUUCCCAUGGAAUCCAAGGUUACCCUGAACUUUCAUCUUCCUCUGGAGGGAAUCGUGCUCUCAAUAACACCAUUGAAAUAGUAUCAACAACAAUUGUAGCCUCAUCACCUUUAUCAUCUUCAUCCUCAUCUUCACCAUCUCGUGAUAAUGGUUCAGUUAAAUACAAAUCGGGUAAUAAUACUGAUGAAAUCGCUGCUCGAGAAUUUCUUAGAACUCAAGAAAUCGAAGCCGUUAAAUAUUGUCGAAAGGGAGUUCUAGCUGAAUGGAGCUAUUCAACUAAUCUAACUGAAUAUAAUAAACAAGCUAUGCUAAAUGUCUCUCUUGAACAAUCUAAAUUCACCAAGGAAUCUUGGCUCAAUGCGACUUCCUUUGCAUGGAAAAACUUUUCUGAUCCAACUAUCCGCCGGUGGUUUAAGUCUCUCUCAGUUCUUGGCAAUGGUGUCCUUGAUGGAGAUAAAUUGACUCAGCUUAAUGAACUUACUGCUGACAUGGAAGAUUCUUAUUCCUCUGGAAAAGUUUGCCCAUAUUCACCUAAUAAGACAAUUGAUAGAUCCAAAUGUAAUCUCAAUUUCGAGCCAGAUAUCACCAGAAUUAUGGAUGAAUCAAGAAAUUAUGAGGAAUUGAAAUCAAUUUGGAGCCAAUGGCGAGAUGUAACUGGAAAGACAAUGAGAAGUAAAUAUCUCAAGUACGUUCAACUAUCUAACGAAGCUGCUCAACUAAAUGGUUUCGCUGAUGCUGGUGACCUAUGGAGAGCGGGCUAUGAAUCGGAUACGCUUGUAGAUGACCUGGAAACGAUCUGGAAACAACUCGAACCCUUAUAUAAGCUUCUUCAUGCUUAUACCAGGAAAAGAUUGAUUAAUCUCUAUGGUGAAGAUAAGAUUAAAAGAAAUGGACCAAUUCCAGCUCAUAUUCUGGGUAAUAUGUGGGGUCAGUCUUGGUCCAGUUUACGUGAUAUCUUAAUCCCGUUCCCGGAUAAACCUUCAGUUGAUAUUACUGAUAAUCUUAUUGCCAAGAACAUAAGUGUUGUCGAUAUUUUCAAAAUAUCGGAAGCCUUUUUCACCUCGUUGGGUUUAAAGCCGAUGACUGAUAAGUUCUGGAACAAUUCAAUUAUCGAGAGACCCGCUGAUGGCCGUGAUUUCACUUGUCACGCAUCGGCCUGGGACUUUUGCGGUGACGAUGAUGUAAGAAUCAAAAUGUGCACCGAUCGUAACAUGAAAAAUUUCAUCGUUGUUCAUCAUGAAAUGGGUCACAUUCAAUACUAUUUACAAUACAAAGAUCAACCUUAUGUUUUCCGAACCGGAGCUAAUCCUGGUUUCCACGAGGCUGUUGGUGACACUUUGGCACUUUCCGUUUCCACCCCGUCCCAUUUGAAGGCCAUCGGUCUACUUGAUGAAAUCUCAAGUGACCCUGAAGGUGAUCUGAACCAUUUAAUGUCCAUGGCUUUGGAUAAAAUUGCUUUUCUCCCAUCGGGUUAUCUUAUGGAUAAAUGGAGGUGGGAAGUUUUCGCCAAUAGUUCAACCCACGCCAAUCUUAAUAAACUCUGGUGGAAAUAUCGACUUCGAUAUCAAGGUUUAUGUCCACCGGUUCGACGAACUGAAGAUGACUUCGAUCCUGGAAGUAAAUACCAUAUAGCAGCGAGUGUUCCUUACAUCAGGUAUUUCGUAAGCUAUAUAAUCCAAUUCCAGUUUCAUAAAGCUCUUUGUGAGGCUGCUAAUAAUACUGGACCUUUGUAUCAAUGUGACAUUUAUCAAUCUCGAGAGGCUGGUCAAUUGUUAAGUAACGUUCUGUCUCUUGGUGCUUCUAAACAUUGGUCAGAGGCUUUGAAAAUGAUGACCGGAAGUGAGAAGAUGAGUGCUGAACCAUUAUUACAAUAUUUUGCUCCACUCAUUGAAUGGAUGAAAACUCAAGUUACUCCAGAGGAAAUUGGCUGGACAUCAGCUGAUCCAAUGAUUUGCCCAUAAAAUGAAUAUUAUUAAUAUGAUAUUUUCCACUUAUUCUCAUGGUAGAAAAAUUUAUGGAAAUAUAUUUACACACCUUGAUAACAACCCACCCAACUCAGUUAUUUAGAUAAUCAUGAUGAUGAUCACCAUGAAUAACAAAGUAACAGAAAAAAAAAUAUUAUACUUUCCAUUUUCCUCUCGAAAUAAAAUCAACAUAUUAUUCAGUAGAUUCUGAAUAAUAUUAUUACCAUGUUUACACUUUA